GUGUGAAAGCUAACAUCUUCUAGUUUGUAAAAGAAGAUAAGGAUGAUUGAUCUGACCGACCGAGGACGAGGACGCUGCGCGUCACCCGAGGAUGCUACGUAACGUUUGAAUGUGAGCUCGUUCUCAGAAAGCAUCGACUGGUGCCAGCUCAUCAUGUUCCAGAUCGAGAUGCAGAAAACACAACCACAGCUCCGACCAAGAAAUGCGACACACUGCAGUCAUCCAGAGAAGACGGCGCCAGGGUGUCCACGCCCUCUGGAUGUCGGCCUCACCACCCAGAGGUCUAGAUGCUGCAUGUGAUGAAGAUGAAGCUGCCUAACAGCGAUGGGGGCUCCUCCUGCCUGAUGAGUCUGAGCUCCACUUUGACUUUGACUUUAUUUGGUAAAAAACGACCUGUCUUUAUUUUCUGUCACUUCCUGAAGCGUUUGCACAACCCUGUAGCUAAUGCAGUGCCUUUCCUCUCGUAGUCCAGACCGCUCUGCACUUCAUGCUAACUGCUCUUUACAUCCAACAGCCACCGAGAAGCCUCUCAGACCUCGGCAUCAUCACAGUGUCCAUAAUGGACACUUUUUUCCGCCGUCACUUUAAGAGGAAGGACGCCGCUCUGCAGGAGGACGUGGGUUCCAAAUCCUGCCACCAGCGGAGGCCCAGUGUCGCCGUGCCCACCAGCAAAGCCCGCCGGAGGUCCACCGUCGGGAUGCCUUCCACUGCUCUAGCCCAGCGGCGUCGCUCCAGCGUCCAGCCACCGUCAGGGUCGCUGUGUGCUGGUGGGGGGCGUCUGGCAAAGACGGACUCACGCAGCAGGUGGGCGGGGCACGCUCGCAGGCGCUCCAGCACUACCACGCCCAACCUCAACCCGAGGUUCGCCGUUUGCCGGAGAAAGGUGGGAAAGUUGCGGACCAUCGACACCCACCUGCUGGGGCCGUCCAUGCUGCUUGCCAGCCUGAUCCAGAUGGCUGAGGAAGACGAGGAGGAAGAGUGUGUGGCAGCGGGGCCGCUGGCUGAAGAACAGCAGGUGGAGGUGAUCAGCGGCGCCAACAACAGGAGGAGAUUUUCACGAGCCAGCAGCCUCCUCUCAGAUGGCGACGACAACAGCAGCCAUUUCUCCACCACUGACGACAGCCAAUCAGAAGCCAGCCAGCUGUCAGAGGCGGAGCAGUUGGCUGAGGAGGAGGAGGAGAACACCUGCUCCCCUGUUCCUCACUUCUCCCGAGCCUCCAGCCCGUCCGUGUCCUCCUCUGCCACACUGGAGGUGAUGAAAAACACUCCCCUGCUGCAGUCGCCGUCCCGCCCACUGAUCCGGGCGCCACGUUGCCUCCGGAGGAAUUCCUCUCAGGUGUUUACGGUAGACUGCUCUCCCUACGGCUGCUGCCGCACCUCCACCCAAAGGAAGAGGAGAAGGAUCUCCACCAUCUCCAAAGCUGGGAGCCCCUGGCCUGGAAAAGGCCCGCCGUUGCCUAGCCGCAAGACCUCGGUGUAUUACCUCAACCACCCGGGCUUCUACCGUGGUGCCGGCGCGCUGAGCCCGCUGGGGCCCCGCGGCCAUGACUCCUGCCUGGAGAGCUGGAGCGCCUUCCUGCUGAAAGCCAUCUCGAAGUCGGGUGCGCAGCACGCCGGGACUCCGGCCAACGUGUCGACGUCCAGUCUGAGCGAGUCGCCGCAGGAGCUGAGCAGCACCGUCGACUGGAGCGAUAACGCCCAGUACGGCGACCACAUCUGGUUUGAGACCAGUGUCUCCGGAGACUUCUGCUAUGUUGGAGAGCAGUACUGCAUCGCCAAGUCUCUGCAAACAGACAAAGGGAGGAAGAAAUGCGCCGGGUGUAAGAUCUCAGUGCACACCGUGUGCUUGGAGCAGCUGGAGAAGAUUAAUUUCAGGUGCAAGCCGUCGUUCAGGGAACCCGGAUGUCGAGCCGUUCGAGAGUCCAACGUCGUCCGGCACCACUGGGUCCACCGGAGGCGCCAGGCGGGCAAGUGUCGACAGUGUGGGAAGGGCUUUCAGCAGAAGUUUGCCUUCCACAGCAAAGAGAUCGUCGCCAUCAGCUGCUCGUGGUGCAAACAGGCGUAUCACAACAAGGUGACAUGCUUCAUGCUGCAGCAGAUCGAGGAGUGCUGCUCUCUGGGCGCUCACGCCGCAGUCAUCGUCCCGCCCACCUGGAUCAUCAGGGUCCGCAGGCCACAGUCGUCGCUGAAGUCCAGUAAGAAGAAGAAGAGGACGUCACUGAAGUGCAACAAGGCGAGCAAGAAGGGCGGAGAGGUCCAAGAUGGCCGCUGGAAGCCCUUCCUGGUGAAGCCCCUCCCCUCUCAGCUCAUGAAGCCUCUGCUGGUGUUUGUGAACCCAAAGAGCGGUGGGAACCAGGGAGCAAAGAUCAUCCAGUCCUUCAUGUGGUACCUGAACCCGCGGCAGGUGUUCGACCUGACGAAGGGCGGCCCCAAAGAGGGGCUGGAGCUGUACGCCAAAGUGCCCAACCUGAGGAUCCUGGCCUGUGGGGGGGACGGCACCGUGGGGUGGAUCCUGUCUGUUUUGGAUCAGCUGAAGCUCCGCCCUCAGCCUCCUGUGGCCAUCCUGCCACUGGGGACUGGCAACGACCUGGCAAGGACUCUGAACUGGGGAGGAGGCUACACUGACGAACCGAUAACGAAGAUCCUCUCGCACGUGGAGGAUGGCAACAUUGUGCAGCUGGACCGAUGGAACCUGAACGUGGAGGCAAACCCAGAGGCGCGGCCUGAGGACCGCGACGAACACCAGACAGACAAGCUCCCCAUCGACGUCUUCAACAACUACUUCAGUCUGGGCUUCGACGCUCACGUCACACUGGGCUUCCAUGAAUCCAGAGAGGCCAACCCCGAGAAGUUUAACAGCCGCUUCAGGAAUAAGAUGUUCUACGCAGGGACGGCCUUCUCAGACUUUCUGAGCGGGAGCUCCAAAGACCUCGCCAAGCACAUCAGAGUGGUGUGCGAUGGGACGGACCUCACAGCCAAAGUCCAGGACCUGAAGCUGCAGUGUCUGCUCUUCCUCAACAUCCCCAGGUACUGUGCCGGCACCACGCCGUGGGGGAACCCCAGCGAGCAUCAGGACUUUGAGCCUCAGCGGCACGACGACGGCUGCAUCGAGGUCAUCGGCUUCACCAUGACGUCUCUGGCCACCCUCCAGGUGGGCGGUCAUGGUGAACGCCUCCACCAGUGUAAGGAAGUGACCCUCACCACCUUUAAGUCCAUCCCCAUGCAGGUGGACGGCGAGCCCUGCAAGCUGGCACCGUCCGUCAUUCACAUCAGUCUGCGGAACCAGGCCAACAUGGUCCAGAAGGCCAAGAGGAGGAUCUCCAUGCCCCAUCUCAAUGAUCAGCAGCCCGUUCCAGAGAAGCUCCAGAUCAGGGUGAACCGGAUCAGCAUGGCGGCGUACGAGGCCCUGCAUUAUGACAAAGACCAGCUGAAGGAGGCGUCUUUGCCGCUGGGAGUCAUCACCGUCCCCGGAGAUAGCGAUCUGGAGACCUGCCGCCUGCACAUCGACCGUCUGCAGGACAACCUGGAGCAGGACGGCGAGAGUCUGUCCUCUCAGAAGCUCUCCAUGAAGUGGUGCUUCCUCGACUGUACGACGGCGGAUCGUUUCUACAGGAUCGACCGGGCUCAGGAGCACCUGAACUACGUGACAGAGAUCUCUCAGGAGGAGCUCUACAUCCUGGACCCGGAGCUGGUCUCCAAGGAGACGGUGGGCACCUCCCCCAGCAUGCCUGACCUGGUGGACUCGGAGGAGCACCAAGACCAGCAGUUCGCUUUCCCCUGCUCGCCGUCCUCCCCCACCUCCCCUACCUCGUCACACAGAUCCCGAGACCAGAGGAAGAGGAUCUCCAGCGACAGCUCCGUGGUCGAUGCUUUGACUCAGAGCUCCCCUAAGACCGCCCUCUGCAGGCGAGGAGCAAAGAUUAUCAAUGUGCAUCGCUCCAACACGGCCGCGGCUGAUUUCAGACCCGUCAUUAGACCUCCUGCUGCUACCUCACACGACCCUGAAAAAGAUGCAGAGCUGAUCAGCUGCAUCAAGAAUGAAAACCUGGACCGGCUCCGAGAGCUCCACCAGCAGGGGGCGGACCUCCUGCUGCAGGACGGAGACGGCUGCACGCUGCUGCAUCACGCUGUGGAGGCCGGCUGCAAAGACAUCGUCAAGUACCUCAUCGACAACGUGCCCACGUCCCACCUGGAUGUCACCGAGAAAGAGACAGGGGAGACGGCGCUCCAUAAAGCCGCCACUUCCUGUCAGAGGAGCAUCUGCAAAUACCUGGUGGAGGCCGGAGCGUCGCUCAUGAAGACAGACCUACAGGGGGAGACUCCUAGACAGCGCGCCGCCAACGCCAACGACCCGGAGCUGGCUGAUUAUCUGAAGAGCUGCCAGCAUUACCAGAUGAUCCAGCGAGAGGACCAGGAGACGACCGUGUGACCUCCCGCCCUCCUUCGUAUUUAUCUGCAUCCUCUGCAGACAGACGGCCGGGUGACAGACUCGGCGUAGACGGCAACGUAUCAGAUCGUGCUUCUUGUCUGCUGUGCGGGGGCAGGACGAGUGAUAGUUGUGUUUUUGUCCAAACGCCUGAAAAUCCUCAAAACUACCCACCGUAACAACGUAACAACAUAAACACGUCUGGACACUAAAACAAAGUCAAACUAGUUUCCUCUUCAGGCCACAAAGACUCCCAGAUCUGGUUCAAACUGCAUUUUGAAUACGUCUUUAUCGACUGAACAUUAGCGGUCUGACCUCCGCGUGAAGACGCGCGACGGCGAACAGUGGCGGCUUUCAUCCGUCUGCAGCUGAACGCUUUCGCCGCAUCACAGAAAAGCUGCAAACGUGUCUUCUUUAAGCUUCUAGUGACCUUUUGGAUGUAUUUGUUUACUGGACAGAAAUAAGUGUUUGGAUAUUUAACUUAGGCUCACUCAGCUUAUUUAUGAAGUCUUUGUAGAGAUGUAACAGAUUUUGUUUGUGAUCAAACUGAAUUUUAGAGAUUUUAGUCACAUACGAGCGUAUUUUUUGUAACUUGUCGGCGUGUCACAUGACUGUAAAGCGCGUGGCUGCCAGCGCCAUGCUUUCUGUGAUGUGUUUAAAUAGCUGAGACGCCCGGUAGACUCGUCAGUGUUGGAAACAUUAAGCUGAAGCCAGACUCUGCCAAAGCAGUCACGCCCGUAUGAUUAGUAAUCACCUUUAGAUAGCAGGCAGGAUGACAUGAUGCUGUAUGAUAUUCAACUAAUAACUGUUUGGUUUGAUCAUUUCUGAGAGACCUGCAAUAAAGCAUGUCAGCAACACUU